UAAUUUAUUUAAGCGAGGUUAAUUAAAUUCAAUAGCUCAUUAACUAAACCCAUUGAAUAAAUUGAAACAACUGCAUCCCCAACCCAAACAAUUCUAGCCCGCUGCCAUCUUCUUCUUCCUUCAACUCUGUACUUAAUCUUCUUCCCCCUUCGCCGCUGCAGUUCAUUUUUCCAGGGAAAUUAUGGUUAAUCAGGGAGGAGGAGCAGGAGUAGCGGUGGCACAAAUACCAACGAGCUUUGGGCAUGAGCUGAGAGCCUGCCUUCGCUGCCGACUUGUCAAGACCUAUGACCAGUUUAGGGAAUCUGGGUGUGAGAACUGCCCCUUCUUUCAGAUGGAAGACGAUCAUGAAAGAGUUGUUGACUGCACAACCCCCAAUUUCACAGGGUUAAUCUCUGUCAUGGACCCGACUAGAAGUUGGGCUGCCCGUUGGCUCCGUAUAGGAAAAUUUGCUCCUGGUUGCUAUACGCUUGCGGUCUCUGAAGCACUGAAUCCUGACUUGCAGAAUAUUUGUGAAGAAGAGCACGUGCCAUACGUUCUUCCCAAACUUGUCUGACUCGCUUUACUUGAUUGUGCGUCCAGCUGAUCUUCCCUCCCCUAGUCUACCUGGUUAAUAUGUCCUCCACCCUCUCCCUAGAAAACUCAAAUGUAGAAUAUGAUAGACCUGCUAUGAUGUUUCCUUUGACCAGUAGUGUUGUCAUGUUGUGUGAAUUUGUGGUUUUGCAGUUUGAGGUAAUUUGUGUCAAAUUUCAAGCAUGAUAGGUUCAUACUGAUCUCUUUUUGACCCUUAUAAUGUUUCAGAUGGUUCUAUAUAUCCAUGUUUCAGAUGGGAUAGUCCAUUUCUAUUUGAA